AUGGUUGUCCGGGUUUCAUCAAGCUCUUCUCGAUCUUCGCUGAGUCGGGCUAGCUUGCGCCCGACAGCCUCUAUGAUUGAGGAAUUUGAAGUCGAGGGGCUCCUUGGAACUAUACACCGGAGCGAUUCGAUCCAGAGCGCUCAGACGUUUCAUUCUGCCCUCAGCGGUGACUCACAGCUCUUUCAGUCAUGUCAUUCGAGCUUCGUGAGCCCUCUUCAAGGCGAUAGUCGCAGCUACUCAAAAGGAGCACCGCUGUCCAGGACGAGUACUGCAGCCACCAUACUCGAGUUUCCCGAAGGCCCCACGGACCCUUCUUAUGGCACCUUCGAUAUCACUCUCCCGCCAAUGCAAGAAUUCAGCGAUAGCGAGAGCACUGACUCGCGCAUGACUGGCGAGGACAGCUGGAUAGACACUGCGGAGGAGAUGGAUGCCAGCAUGGUCAAGCCCCCUAUCUUAAAUAUGACAUUCCGAUCUCCCCUUCCCGACGCACCCGACAGCGACGAGGACGAGGAUGACGUUGGCAUGGAUACUACCAUCGUUCCUCUGCCACUCUCAUAUCGCGACAGUAUCCAGAGUAGUACAUCUUGCUCUUCCAGCAUCCCCAGUACCAGCGAUCUGUCGUUUCUUCUGAAGAGGCCCCUCGGAAACGCAUCUGGGAGCGCUCCUGCCUCACUUCGUCAUGGGCCUGGUGCCCCUCAUAUGCCUCCUCCCGGCCACAGGUCCCACCUUGGCCGCCUGUCUGAGCGCCCCAAUCCUUCCAGGAACCUCACAUUCAUUGAAUCAAUUGACGAACUGAGCUAUGAUAUAAAGACAUUCCACGCGAACCUCCCCUCGUUGACUCCGCAUGUUCAAAACCGACAAGUACAAAAUCCUUUUCUGAAUACACUGACCACGCCUAGCGAUAGUAUCAUUUGCGUUGCAUCGGCUGUGCGCCGCACUAUUCUUGCUGCGACCGAACUCGUCCUCUCGAAUCUGCAAUUCCGAUGGGCCUCCUCUCAAAACUACACCCAUCUGGCUAAAGGAUCUCUUGCUGGCUCGGGCUCGGGCUCUUCAUUCACGCUGUGCGAGCCCGAGGUUCCUCCAGCAACGGUGGCAACUUUUGUCCAGGAGCCAUGGGUCCUUUCACCUCGUGACUUUGCUGCGUUUUGCUCGCUCCGUGAGCUCAGAAAUUUUGUGCCAAAAUUCGUGCCCAACACCCCAGCCGUUCCCAAUGACAAACCCUGGGGCCAGGCGCAGCAACUUUGGGCAUUUAUUCACGACCGUUGCGAAGAACAAUGGACACAUGCGUUCAUCACGCAGCCAUAUUCUUGUAGUGAUUCACGACCCACUAUUAUGGAGCGCACGCUUCAUUGGGUUUUAUCUGCAACAUUGCAGGCAGAACACAAGGGAAAUAGCUAUAUUGCUCCUAGGGAUUUGCCAUGGAUGAAUUCGCUGUAUGUUGUUUCUGAGAUUGUAGGGGAGCGAUCUUUAGCCAUAGCCAAGUCCGGAAAACGCCGCCUUCAGGAAACUGAUGAUCUCCCUAUCGCCUCACCUAUUCGUUCCAGUCAUCCUUCGUCAGAUCGAAAAUCCACGUUAGCUCUGCGUUCUAUCCACGCGCCAACCGCUCCUCCGGGUGAACCAGAGAAUUCUACUCCCCUAUUGACCCGACCCCCUGCGUUGGUCGCCGGUGUAAAUGCAUGGCGACAACGUAUUCCGUUGCGUAAUAAAGUCCACAACAAAAAACGUCGAGAACCAUCUGAAGACUCGACUCACGAUUCUCCCACACUCUCAACUCACGUAAUGCAACAAUUUCGUCAACGUCGUCCGUUCACGCCCUCCCGACGUACAUUAAGAUCAGAAAAUUCUCCCGGGCGUUUAAGGCUUCCACCCUUACUUCAAUCUCCUGCUCGCGAAGGGAGCGUGGGGUCUGACCACAGUGGCGAUACCGCGCUUGACCAGACGGAUGUUAUCAGCAUGGAGGCUGUGGUCGCAGACGUUCAACAACCCCACGAUAUUACACUGCUGUCUGGUUCAGGAGGCCAUACCGCCCCAGAAUUAGUGGAAGAUCUCAGAUCACGGCCUCCGGUCUCCAUUCCCCUCGAACACGAAUUAUUUUCAGCAACUCCUGUUCCUUUACAGUCUCCACCUCGUGGGCUUACAUCAACCUCACGAUCAAUGCCACGUUCUUCGGCCCCGAGAAGGGCCACACGAUCGCUCGACAAACGAUUGCGUGAGGCCCACCUGGCCGGCACGAUGUCGAGCCUUACAGAAGAAAGUGGAGGAUUCUCGCGCUUAUGA